AUGGAAUUAAAUGAUAAUGUUGAUAAGCUAAAUGAAUCGAUCAACUCAUUGUCCACAGAUGUUUCUGAUGGAAUUGUUUCUUCUUUCAAACCAUCGGAGAAAUCACUUCGUUCAAUUCUGUCUCCUAUGCCAAGUACUUCAUUAUGCACUGGUCGUGACAGUUUAAGCCGUCGCCGAAGUUCAGCUAGCGAAGCUCUCGUUAAAUUACGUUUAAUGAAUAAUGUUCCCGCUAUUUCAAGAAGUCCUCCUCCAAUUAAAAGUCCACCUAGAGCAACUCCUCGUUCACCAACAGAACGUUAUUUGACAAAAUUUCCUCAAAAUAUUUCUGCCCGAGAUUCUAUUGGCAAUGAUGACAUUUUAAAUUCUCGUCAAUCUAUUGGGCCUUCUGAACUUCUUGAAGAUUUGCCAAAUGCAAGUCAGAUAGGAAUGGUUCUCGAUUUAAGCCAUUCACCUAUUGCUAGCUUGUCUGAUAAAGAAUUAAUUAAAAAAGAUGAAUAUUUUGAGGAGAAAAAAUGUAUUGAAAAAUAUGUUAAAUUUUUUUGGAAGAAUUUUAUGGAGAAUGGAGAAAUUGAUUUUAAUUCAAUUCCAGAAUGGCAAGAGUUUAAUAUUGAAGAAGGAUUUGAGGACAAUUUUAGUGACAACUUAAAAAUUCCAAAAAAUUUGCUUCGCCAACUUUGCUAUGAACGAUGGUUUAAUUUAAUUCAAAAUACAAAUUGUCUUUUAUCUUCAAAGAAAAUUUUGUCGACAGAAGAGAAUCUUAAAGAUUAUUUGCAAAAGGAAGUUCUUUCACUUUUUGUUGACAACAAAAGAGAAAUUUGUCCAAAUGGAAUAAAAUUACGGGCAGAGAAAACUUCUCAUUUGGCAUUGGAUGUUAAUCGCUUACUUUUAGCUCAAUAUGUUUAUGAGAAUUUAAUUGUUUGA